GUACGAUUUUCUGGCGGAUACUUGGUCUGUUAGGCAGAAAAUAAUAUUUUAUGUCAAAUUAUGUAUAAUUUUUAAUUUUUCAGCUUGUUAUGAAUGUUUAAAUAUAACAUACGCAUUCCCCUUUUGUAUUUGUUGCGAUUUUUUACUUUUAAUUUUUUAGUUUUAAAAAUUAAAAGUACAUACUGAGAAGGUGACUCUGCAAAAAAUUUGGUUGUAGUGGGGCAUUAAUGCUAAUUUUAUGCAUGCGUGAGGUGACAUGCAAUAAUAGAUUGAAGCCGUAUUGAAUGAACACUGCACUUCACGUGAACUUUUUGUAAGGAAUCAAGUUUAGUCCUUAUAAGGCUGCAUUUGUGAAUGACCAAAACACAAAUUGAAAUACUCACCUUGAAUUUCAUAAAUUCAGGCAUACCCUAAAGAUUUGAGUGGUUUUGUGCGAGAGGAGGCAAUUUGUGUUGAAUUUCAGCCCGAAAAGAUGGAAUUCGUGAGAUACAUAUAUGUGAGAUACAACGGAGUCGUCGAUGGUAUACACUAUGUUGGCGGGGCUACGGAGGUCCUUCCCCUCUUAAAUGAAACAGUUGCGAGCCUGAUAUACAGCAUCAACAAUGUGCUGACAAUGCAUUCGUUGAGCCCGAACUAUCAAUUGUAUUAUUUGGCGACCAAUCGAUUUGGAAGGGAGACGAAAUGCGUAAUAAGUGACGACGAUGAUGUGCAAGGCUUGUUGGAAACUGCCGAAUAUCCCAUGGUGUACGUUGAGCACAACAACGACCCGGUCGAAGAAGCGUACAUCCCUACUUUUGAUUUUGGCCAGGCUUCGGGAUACGGAGAUGAUGAAGCACAAUCUAGUCAGUAUGAGACGUCGUAUCAUGCUCGCGAGAGCGCGCCUCCAACACAGUACUUUUCAUGGGAUGGGCAACUGUUGGACGAAUCCGCAUGGAAUCUGAAUGAAAUGUGCGGGAGAUUCAACCAGGUGCGGACGGAUGACGAUUCUGAUGAAGAAGCCGUACAACCUGAAGACGAAGCCGAAGAACCUGAUGACGAUUCUGAUGAAGAAGACGAAGAAUACGAUCCAACGAACGAGUCGGGCACAGAUUCUGCCGCCUCUGAGGAUUUAUUAGACGAUGAUCUGAUAGAGUUCACGGCGACCGAGCGAGCAGGUUGGAUCCGACAAAGUAGAACCCGUCACGGAAAUCCGACGGACUCGACCGGUGAACUAUCUAAUUGGAUAGUUCCGUUGAUUCCAGUGGACGCCACGACUUCGCUCGUUGCUCGCGAGAGUGAGCUGUCCAGAGUUGCUGAUUUGGGGAAGAACUCUUUUUACAACAGUAAAGAAGAAUUGGUCCUUGCUGUUGGCUUCUGGAAUAUGAAGCAAGGGGCUGAGGCAAAAGUUGUACGCUCAGAUCAGGGACGCCUCUAUUACAAGUGCAAGCACUCUGAUAAGUGCAAGUUCGAUGUGCGUGCAUCUUGUCACGGCGGAGGGAUGUGGGGAGUGCAUAAGUUUAAAGAGCACUCUUGCGAAGGGGAGUUGGGCAUUUUGAAACGAAUAAAGGCACAUUCGAAUGUGGUUGCAGCUUAUGUGGAAAAAAGAAUACGCGAUGACGGAGAGGUCAUUAAGCCGAAAUCUAUUAUGUCGGAGUUGUUACGUGAAUUUGGCGUCAGAAUCAAAUAUGAUGUCGCGCUGCGUGCAAGAAAUCUCAGCUUAGAGAAGAUAUACGGUCGAAUUGAUGAUUCGUUCCUUCUUCUGCCCAAAUAUUUGUAUGCCCUAACUCAAGCGAAUCCAGGCACCGUGAUGGAUUUCGAAGUAGACGAAAACAACCGGUUCAAACAUCUGUUUCUUGCUCUUGCGGCUUCCAUCACACCUUUCUUCUUUUCGCUUCGGCCAGUGAUUGUGGUCGACGGCACACACUUGAAGGGGAAGAACAAUGGCAUUUUGUUCGUCGCCGUGACAAAAGACGCAAACGAGCAAGUUUUUUCCGUUGGCAUUUGGUGUCGGGCCGAUCGAGAAUGA